GUACGUUACAAAAAUUUAGAAUUUAGUGACCGUUUACAUUGCAUUGCGGGUAUUUUGUGCAGAAGAAGCUGGGUCAGUGAGUGCAAUAGUGCAGCAAACUUGAUCGAUUGGUGCAGACAACAAAGGUAUUUUGCUUUAAAUACGUCUCGAUACUUUUGAGAACCAGUUGUAAGCUGCGACAGUUACGCUAGCGUUAGUGAGUCAAGUGUGCCCGUUUACAAUAAAUGGCUAGUGGCGGCGGAGGAGCUGUUGGACUGAGUGGGUCUGGCAGCGGUGGCAUUAGUGCAGCGUUGGGCAGCUGUGCUGGUACUAAUCAUGUCAACUCGCAAGCAUUACAAACAUUCCAUCAACGUUGCGGACGCCGCAUUACGCUUUCCAAUGGCAAUCGCACUGCAGCGCGUUCUGUGCGGGAUUUCAGUCACGCGCUCGUGUUCAGCGCAGAGCCGUUAGUAGACGAUGCACUUUUUGAAGUGGUAAUCGAGAAGAAGAAUCACUCAUGGGGCGGCAGUAUUGAGAUUGGCGUAACGGCGGAGUCACCGGAAAAGCUAGAGCUACCUUCCUGCGCUACGGCUAUGCGAAAUGGCACUUGGGUUAUGUCCGGCAUUGAUGUACGCAAAGAUGGCGUGUGCCUAAUUGAGUUUUAUGGCGUCGACUUGGAGACGUUAGGCGAGCGCGAUCGUGUUGGCGUGAUGCGCACUUCCAACAAUGAAUUAGUAUUCUACGUCAAUGGUGACCCUCAAGGCAUAGCUGCGCGUAACAUGCCCAAAACCUUAUGGGCGCUAGUCGAUUUGUAUGGUCGUUGUGUGCAAGUGUCACUCUGCCCCACCGAUGUUGGCGGUUCGGGGGAUUACGUUGACUCAUGUGUACAGCAGGCUCAGCAAAUUGUGCAGAAUAUCGAUGUGCCAAUGAGUGUGGACGUAACUGUGGUUUCUUCUGCAUCACCAACGGCAAACAACGCCAAUAGCGGCGGUGGAUUAGUUUCAACCAUUAGCACUAAUGCCGAUAUAAACGCUGCUUUAUCAAGUCUUGGCAGUGCAGGCGCCGCAGCUCUUUCGACGAUAUCACAAACUGGCCUGCAUAGUGCAUUACCGCUUUCUUCUUCUGCUGCUGCUGUGAUCGCGAAUACCGCAGGAUCAUUGCAAAGCGUUGUUGACUUUUAUGAUAUGGAUCGAUUGCGUUUCCACACGCGCUGCGGUUCGCUGGUCAAGCUGUCGCCGAAUUGCCGCUGCGCAGAACGCCGACGUCCGCUCGAUGAGUUCAAUAAUGGCGUGGUCAUGACACAUCGGCCGCUCAAGGAUAAUGAGCUGUUUGAGAUACGGAUCGACAAGUUGGUGGACAAGUGGUCAGGCUCGAUAGAAGUGGGUGUAACCACACACAAUCCAUCUGUACUGCACUUCCCAGCCACUAUGACCAACAUGCGCAGCGGCACAAUAAUGAUGUCUGGUUGCGGCAUACUGACUAACGGCAAAGGCACGCGCCGACAGUAUGGCGAGUUUAAUUUGGAUGAGCUGCGCGAAGGGGAUCGGGUGGGCAUGAUGCGCAAGUCCAAUGGAAAUCUGCAUUACUACAUCAAUGGUCAGGAUCAGGGGGUAGCGGCAACUCGUGUCGCUCAAACGCUUUGGGGGGUCAUAGACCUCUAUGGCAUGACCAUUAAGGUGACCAUCGUGGAUCGCGACGAGCGUGAACAACAAAAUUUAGUAACGCGACGCAACAACCUCAUACUCACCGCCACCUCGGGGCUUACUAGUGGUGCAAUGGCUAUCAACAAUGCUGCAGCAACAAAUGCGCUCAUCACGGCGAAUUCGGCUACACCGACACCUGUUUUGAGUUUGCUGAGUCCUGAAGGUGAGGUGAGUUCGGCGGUGGCUGCUGCGGCAGCGGCGGUAUUGGGCGAUUCGGCGCUAUCGGCACCAGCGACGCAGCGCAAUGACGAUCGGCUCACCUUCCAUCCGCUUUGCGGAUCACAUGCCACAGUGACGCUUAGUGGCCGCACGGCAUUGCGGCCAAAUGCAUCCGAUGACUUCAACAAUGGCGUCGUGCUAACACGCCGUCCCUUACGUCCCAAUGAAUUGUUUCAAGUGCGUCUCGAACGAGUGGUCACAAAAUGGGCUGGUUCUGUUGAAAUGGGCGUGACUACGCACAGCGCUGAUGAGUUGGACUUUCCCUUCACCAUGACAAACGUGCGCUCUGGCACUUGGAUGAUGACUGGAAAUGGUGUUAUGCACAAUGGCAUCACAGUAAUCGAGCAGUAUGGCCAGAAUCUUGAUCGCCUACAGGUGGGUGAUCGUGUGGGCGUCGUGCGUAAAGACGACGGUACACUGCAUUUUUGGGUUAAUGGUGUUGAUCAAGGACCAGCGGCCACUAAUGUGCCGGAGCGCGUAUUUGGAGUUAUUGACCUUUACGGUCAGGCGGCGCAGGCUAGCAUAAUAGACACAUCUGAGUGUGGCAGCCCUGAUACAGGGAAUUCUACCAUCUCCAAUACAACGCUCUACAGUGAGCCUCCUUUGCGCUUCCAUAAUAUACAUGGCAAAAACGCCGGCAUUUCAAACGGUGGUCUCACCGCCUCUCGUCCCAAUUCGCUGGCGGAAUUCAACGAUGCCAUUGUCUUUAGCAAUAGGCCGCUUCGUCAACGCGAAUUGUUCGAAGUCGUGCUAGAAACUAUGGUACGUCAUUGGUCGGGCAACAUAGAGAUCGGCGUAACUGGCACGCGUCCCGAGGACAUACAACUCGCUGCCAAUGCAACUGAUCUAGACGCAAACGAUAUGAUUAUACUCUGCGGCUCUAUGAUAUUCCACAACCGCAAAACUAUACGUUCGAAUGUGCUUAUCGACUUAGAUAGUCUGGGUUCGGGCACACGUGUUGGUGUGAUGCGUAACGGCGACUAUGUACAUUUCUUCAUAGAUGGCGUCGAUCAGGGACCAGCUUGCGAAUGUCGUAUGCCAAAUGUGUGGGCAGUGAUCGAUUUGUACGGGCAGUGCGCUCAAGUGACACUCACACAAACCCAGCCAGAUAUACGUGCACCAUAUGCGACGAGUGAAAAUUCGCAGAGCUGUCAAGCGACCUCGGUUAUACAGCCAGCCACAUCGGAGACGAAACACCGUUGGACCUGCAUAUCUGGUCAUGUGACGUUGUCUCAAAGUUGGACGGUGGCUUCGCGUAUUACAGGCGCCUCGGCGGCACUUUCUCGUUGUGUGGUUUUCUCUGAGCAUCCCUUAAGCGUCGGCGCACCAUUCGAAAUCAAGCUGAUUUCGCACAAUCCCUUAUUUGCGGGCUGCCUCAAUAUUGGCGUUACCGAUUUGAAUCUCUCCGACGACUAUGUACGCAAAAAUAUACCCUUAGGCAUUAAACGCAUUCCAGCCAAUGUUUGGUACGUAUCUGGUAAUGAAGUGCGACACAAUUCAACGCUGUUGCAGCGAUCGAUGGCUUCGUUGGAGUGGUUGCGUGUUGGCGACCGUAUUGCGUUGGAGCUGACGCCGGCGCGUACGCUGCGCAUACUGCUCAAUUCGGAGGACAUGAACAUACAAUUUCAGAAUGUACCGAACGACGUUUAUGUCGUAGUUGAGCUACAAGGUUCAACAAUGGCAGUGCAAGUAAUCUCCUCGCAAGGCCCAACUUCUCCAUUACGUCCGUGCACCUUACGGCUGCAAGACUCACUCGACUUCGGUGUGGAUCCGCUUAAUAAACAAGACUCCAUGUUGGAAUCAAUUGAUUCGGAAAUGCAAACAUACGAAUUCUCUGAACUGCAUGGCAAACAUGUACGCCUCUUGGAUGAACAUCGCGCCGCAAUGCGCACGCAGUCCUACAAUCAAGGGCUCGUAUUUGUGGGCAAGCCACUGUGCAAGGGCGAGAGUAUUAGCAUUAAAGUCGACGCAGUGAAUUCGAAAUGGAAGGGCACUAUAGGCGUUGGCGUUGUAGCCGCAUGCCCGCAACCAACCAGCGUCUCACAAUUGCCGAUCUCAAUUUUACACUGUAGGCGCCCAUGCUGGGUGGCCACACACGAUUACAUCAAUAUAAAUGGCCAGAAAAUAGCGUCGAAGUAUGGUGAAGCACUGGAGCAAAUACAGCCGGGCACGGUGAUCACCAUGACACUUUCAAAUGUGGGCAUGUUGGUAAUUAUGGUUGGGUCUAUUAAUUUGGAAGACUUGGCUGCCGGCUUGCCCAACCACGUGUAUCCCGUUUUUGAUCUCUAUGGCAAAUGUGAAAAAAUUUCGCUCAUUACUAGCAAUGAUGUGGGACGCAACAGUACGCCGAUUAUUGAAGAGGCGGCGGCAUUGGAGUACGACAACUUGCAUGAGCAGGAUAAUGGGGUGCCACAGUGUGAAAAGGCCGAUUUGGAGGUGCAUGAGAAGGAAACGGAACACGUGUUGCAGCAGCAGCAGCAGCAACAACAGGCAAUGCAGACAAGUGGCGGAGCGGUGGGGGGUGUAGCGGCGGGAAGUAGCAAUGCGGCGAUGAACCGCUCGGUGAUGGAAAGCGUUUCGGAGAAUUUGAUGCUGAAUAUUUCUAUUAAAAAUCGUACGUUGGAGCAGAAUCGAGCUGUGGAAUCUAGCGCAGCUAAUACCUCGUGCUGCCUCCGCGAAUCGCUGCAACUACAGCACAAUACCAAUCUCAACAUACAGCGCAGUCAGAGCACUCAACGCUUCCAGAACGCCAUGAACGCCUCGGCUAACUCAACAACAGGUGGCGCAAUGGGCGAUGCUGCCGCCGCAUGCACAUCCGCCACAUCAAAUGGGUCGGCGUCAAACAAUGGCGCCGUGCCUACUUCAUCUACUUCGUACGCAAACGAUACAAAUAAAGACUACGAUGCUUACGAGGAGGCAGGCGCUGUCGGUGGCGUGUCAUUGCAAAGUGAACUGCGUCGCUGCAGUUCGAAAGAGAACUUGCUCGAUUCGCGUUCUUCUAAUAAUUUAGAUGCACUAGAGCAGCUGGUAAGUAGUGUUGGUAUACAUGGCGCAAGUGCUAGCUCGGCGGGCGUGGCGACAGCUGCAGCGGGCACACUUACGAAUUGUAUAGCGUCGAGCGAACGCGCUCUUGAAACUGAUAGCAAUUUAACUGCUAGCGUUUUGGCCGCCGCACCCGUUUUGGAUGCUGUUGAUGCGAACGUCGUUGAUAUGCACGAUGAUAAUGCUGGAGAGCGGGCCGAUGAAGAAGAAGAUGUUGACGAUGAUGAUGAUGAUGAUGACGAUGACGAUUUGGAGGACAAUGAUAAUUUGGAGCACUUGUUAUUGCUGCAACAGCAGCAUGACCUGCUGCGUUUACACUAUCAGCAGCUGAAUCAGCCUUUAUCGCAGCAUUUCGGUCUGCUCUCCUCUUCAUCGUCCACACAAUUUGAUUCGCUACAAUCGAUACCCUCCAUUGAACGUAAGGAUUGUGAAUACUUAAAAUUGGUGCAACAAUUCCGUGCUUCGCUUGUGCUGCCGCAGUCAUUCUUCCAACCGUUGACCGAUCCUGUUUGCUUUUGUUCGCAUUGCAACGCUUUCGUUUCGGAAAAGUUGCACGGUUGGGUAUAUUUCAAGUUGAAUCAGCAAACGGUCAAUUCGGUAGCUGCACAGCACUCCCUCGACACCGGCGAAUGGCUGCCGCUAUACUAUAUGACGCGUGUGGACAAAAUACGCGCCAUACUCGACCACGGCCAACCACUGCCGUUGGAGUCGAGUUGUGAAUCACACGCUGCGACAAGCAAUCAGAAGGAUGAGCCAGGCACGCGACUCGAAUUGCAUUUCUCACCAAAUGCUGCUGGCAUUUUGUCAAUGAAUAGCCAGCACAAAUAUAAGGCCAACUCGCAUUCGUAUCGCAUAGGCACCGCUUUUGAAGUGUACGUGCGUCGACAAUCGCUCUGCUUGACGAAUAGCAGUAAGAUGAAUGUUACAGCGGCGGUGGCUGCUUCAUCGAGUGCUGCAGCAGCGUCGCUGAGUUUGUUGGAACGGCGUUCUUCCUGUGAUUUGCUGCAUCCGCACGAAUCGAGUAGCGGCAUAACGCUUGAACAGAGUAGUAGCAGCAGUGGUGGUGCCGGCAGCCUUAGCGGCGGCUCAACGUCGAGUGCAUCACUCAAGGACAUGACUUGGUUCACCAAGGAGGCUGGUGCUUGUGUCAUAACAGCGCUAAUACUAAAAUUAGAGAAAAUAAGGCCAACAAACGUCGAACAUCCUCGUGGAAGUCUAAACCUUGCUUUGGGUGCAGAUGGAAACUGAAGGAAAUAAAUGAAAAAAAAAGCAAAAAAAUAAAAAACAAAAGCUUGCGACAGUUUGAAAUGCUGGAUGAAGUGAAGCUAUACGGCUACGCUUUAAGUAGCACUGCUAGUCUCCUUAUCUUUGUUUACUUUAUUAGAUUUAAAGAAUUUCUAAUUUUGCACUUUUGCAUAAAAUUUUAUAUAUCUACAUAUAUUACCUUAUAAAUUAUUGAAAUGUACUGCAAAAUUAUUUAGUUUAGUAAUUAAACUGCUAGUCGAUAAGGCAGUGCGCAUUAAUCAUCAUUUAUUUAUUUAAACAUUGCCAUUAGUUUAGUUCAUUCGCGAAGAAAAAAUUUUAUAAAAAAUUGAAAAUUGAAAAAAAAAUGAAAAUUUAUGUUUAAAAAUUGCAAUUUUGCUAAUGGCUACCGGCGGAGUAUGAUUUAAAAGCUUUAGCUUUUUGAAGUUUUUCACUAAAACUGUCACUAAAAAAAUUUGAAAAGAACUCUAGUUUUAUUGUACAGUUACAAAAGUUAAAUACUUUUUUAAAUCUUUUCCCUUUGGAGGUUUCACAAAAGCUUUAAAAGCUUCAAACUUUAGCAGCUUCAUUUUCGCCUACACAUUUUUAGCAAUAUUAGCAAUACUUUAAAAUGUACGCCUUUUUAACGUUUGAGUAUAAUAAUAAUAAAUACCAUUCAUUACAUUAAAUAGUUUCACAAGCUUUUCAAUAAGAUAUUUUAAUUGAGCAUUAUAGAUUAAAAAUUAGGUGUUUGGCCGCGCUCCUCUUCCUCACAC